AUGAGCGCCCAAACCGUCCGACUUCCAGGCCGGGAGCACAUCCCCGACUACCCCAAGGGGUACAUCGCCGUGAAUGUCAUCCAGCUCAUCUUCAGUAUCAUCCUCAUUGGGUGCUCUGGCUUCGCCCUCGCCGUGCUGCCCACCCUGGCCGGCGUCUUCAUCAUGAUCAGCGCCCUCGUCAGCUUCGCCAUCUCCAUCUGGCUCAUCUCCGCCCGCCAGUGCGCCCCCCAGGCGUUCAACUACUGGGCCUCCAUCGCCUUCGACGUCUUCCUCUUCAUCUUCUACCUCAUCGGCUGGGCUCUCAGCGCCAUCGCCUCCAUCUUCUGGAUGGGCUCUAUCUACGGCAUCGUCAACGCCGUCAUGGCUGUUUUCGGCGCCUUCAACUGGAUCAUGUUCAUCGUCGCCCUCAUCGUCGACGCCGUCGUGGUUGCUCGACACCGCCGCGCUGGUCUCCGCAACAAGGCCGGCCUGCCUGUGGCCGCCGCCGCCGCUCCCCAGUCCAAGGAGCAGUACCAGAUGACACCUCAGCCUUAUCCCGUCCAGGCGGCCCCGGCUUUCCAACCCGUCGACCCCAAUGCCCAAUACUAUGCCCAGCAGCCUCACCCCGGCCAGCCACCCGUUCCAGGCCAGGUGCCACAGUACACCGUCCCAGCUCAGCAGCCCCAAUACUAA